AUGGCGGCUGGGAAGAUGUGCAUGAGGAAGAACAAGGAGGCAGCUGCUGAGUGGGCAGGGUUGUUUAUGAGCGACCUAAAAACCCAGCAGGAGUCCCUGGUCUUUGUCAAGAGGAUGAUGGCUGUGGCUGUCUCCUCCAUCACCUACCUAAGAGGGAUUUUCCCGGAGGACGCCUACAGAUCCAGAUAUCUGGAAGAUUUGUGCAUCAAAGUUUUGCGUGAGGACUGCAACACCCCUGGUGCCAGCAAAGUUGUGAAAUGGAUGAUGGGCUGCUUUGACGCAUUGCAGAAGCAGUAUCUCCAGAUUGUGUUUAUUGGGGUGUACACCAAUCCAGAAGAGCCUAAUUGCAUUAUUGAGUCCUACCAGUUCAAAUUCAAAUACACUGAGAAGGGGCCAGAGAUGGAUGUACUCAGGAGUGAUGGUGCGGAGAUGCAGGUCACAUUGGAGGACACAAAGAGAGCCUCUGUGCUGCUCAUCAGGAAGCUCUUCCUGCUUAUGCAGAACUUGGAUGUCCUUCCCAACAACGUCUACCUCACCAUGAAGCUCUACUAUUACGAUGAUGUCACGCCUGCUGACUACGAGCCACCAGGCUUCAAGGAAGGAGAAUGUGACAGUCUAUGGUUUGAGGGCACGGCCGUGAACUUCAAGGUGGGUGAGGUCCAGACCGCCUUCCACACCCUGCGGGUGCGCGUGUCGGCCGAGCAAGGACGCCUGGAGAAGCUUCAGGAGGGUAACCACUUGAGGGAGACCAAGCAGGUUUGUCAGAGAAUUCCUCCAGAGAGAGAAAUGAUGACGGUGGGUCCAAAGAGGUUAAAUUAUGAUUGUCUGUCUGUGAACACCUUGUUACAGGUUCCUUGCACGAAAAUAUAUCGAGAAGGCGAUUUACCUUCUGAAGACGAGUCGGCACAGUUCAAGAAACCCACAAGACCUUUGGCAAAGGUACAGUUGUGCUCAAGGCAGGGUACACACACUUUGAAUAAAUCAUAAGAGAUUAGAGAUUGAGUUGUAGCUGGAUGUCAUGCAAACUGCACAGGUGAUUAUUUUAUAAUGAUUUUUGUCUGUCUUAGAGGAAUGCAGCUGCCAAAAGACAGACGAGGAAGAAAAGAAUUUAGUCUCAACAUUACACAAAACACAUAAUGUCAGCAAUGUUAACACAAAAAUGAACUGUCUUAAUUUUAUUGAAACAUUGUUUAAUGUUAUGGUACAAUUUACUUGAACAAUACAUGUGUUAGACAGUUUCCGUACCUAAAUAAUUAAUAACCCAGUAGGCAGGAUGUUGUUGCCACAGUUCUAAUUUAAACAUUGUAUGAAAAGUUUACAGGAAGUGUAUAAUCUAGAUUAUUAAUGAAAUUGGUUAAAAAGUGCUUCAUUAUUUAUUAAUGUGUGUUUAUAAAAAAAUAUUGAUGUGUACUGUUCAUGAAAUAAAGCUUAACUUGUAAACAUUUUAGAUUUUUUUGUACAACUGUAAAAAAAAUUAUUUUUCUGCACACAGACUUAAAAAAAAAAAGCAGGAAGGUAGUGCAAAUCAUUUAACACAAUACAUGACUCACAUCUAUGUUGCAGCAGCUGAAAUUAAUCAAG